CAUGGACCCGUGGCAAGGACGGGAUGUGAGUGUGCUACGACAAUAACACGACGGAGGAAAAGAGAGAACAGGAGAACACUAGAGCCAUCGACGGCGCCGCAUCUCCUUACCGAGCCUCCUCCGAACUACACACGGUUUUUUUUGUUAUCCCACUCCUGGAUAGUGUUUCCUCAACAUCCUCUCCUGUGCGUUUGGCCUGGAUCAAUGGUGUCUCUCAGCAGCAGAACGCUGAUUUUGGAGAAUGACCUGUUUAGGGAUAGCAGCAGCCUGUUCUCCCUUGGCCUAGGAGAUGGCGCCCACAGCGAAGGGGGCAGUUCAGCCUCCUGCAACAGCCCCGAAACUGGGGAGGUGGGGGCUGUGCACAGCUCUAGCCCUGGAGAGGAGGAAGAGGAGGAUGAAGAAGAAGAUGAAGAGACAAGUCUGCAUAUUUUUUUAGGAACAGAGGGAGAAGAGGAGCCUGCGAGUCAGGAUCCUAAACUGCCAGAAUUUCCUUUCCAUCCCUCUUCCCCGUUCUCCCCGACCCUGGAGGACAUAGAGGAGUUCUUGAGGGAAAAAAUGGAACUGGUCAAAGAGGGGCUGCUGACUCCAAAAGAAGAGGCCUCCCCUCUUCCAUGCAGUGAAUCUCCAUCCUCCACUGCACCCCCGGCUGCUUCCUUAGAGACUUGCAGUGACAUAGGGACUAGUGCCUCUCACUGCACUUCAAGCUCAAACACCCCUCAGAAAGAUCAAAAGAGCCACAGCCCAGCUGACCUUUAUCCCUCUGGCCAAAUGAACUCCCCACCCUCCACCUUAACCUCACCAGUGCUCCUGGGGGGUCCACUGGUUCUCCAGCUCCAGCCCCUACCUCUGGCCCAGCCCUCGGCCUCAGCAGGCUCUUCACCUGGGGCACCAAGUGGCAUUUGGCUCACUCAUGUGGUCAUGGGGCUCCAGGGUGCAACAGGACAAAAUGUCACCCUGCUGGCCCCACAGGUGCCCUCCACCCCCACCACCCUGUUAUCACUAAACAGUGGAGAUACCAAGUCAGCUGAUCAGAAGUACGUGAAGAUCGCUCCUCUGCCCAUCACUAUGAGGACUCUAGAGAUCACAGGCAUGACUGGGGUUGGGGGCCAGGGCAAUGGUCUGCUUAAGGCCGUGGCCCCCCGGAUGACCAGACUGCCACCUACAGAGAGGGUCCAUAAGUGCUCCCACCCAGGCUGUGGGAAGAUGUACACCAAAAGCAGCCAUCUGAAAGCUCACUUCCGCCGGCAUACAGGAGAGAAGCCCUACACAUGUAGCUGGCCUGAGUGUGGAUGGAGGUUCUCCCGAUCUGAUGAACUGUCUCGUCACCGCCGCUCUCACUCUGGCAUCAAGCCAUAUGAGUGCUCACUGUGCGAGAAGAAGUUUGCCCGCAGUGACCACUUAUCCAAACACACGAAGGUCCACCGCAGCUCCAGGCCCAGCAGGAUUAUCAGAGCCACUGUGUGACACCUUCAGCUGGCCUAAACCCUGACCUGCCCCCACCCAGCCUGGCCUGGCUCUGAUGGAGGGGGGUCUGGGUCUCCCUCAGGACUUUUGGUGCUUCACAAGCAGAACUUUCAGAAGAAUAGUGAGAGCUGGCUGCUGUUUUCCCUUCAUUUUUUCCUUCCUGUCUUUCCCUCCUGCUGUUCAUCUUUUACUGUUCUUUCUGAGCAGCUUGUCUUAUACUGAGCAGCCACCUCAGGAAAAAAUCCACUGACAAUGGAUUUCCUGGCCUUCACUCACACACACACACACACACACACACACACACACACACACACGACAAAACACAUAACCAGUCAGUCUCACAGAGGCCCUUCUUGCAACCACUGGUUGCAGCACAGUUACCAAGCUUCCAGGUGCUGUUGGAAGUGGGGUGGUAACCAAUAACACGUGUGUCUGUAAUUCUUUAAUCCCCUUUCUUCUUUUGUGAUUGCCCUUCUUCCUCAAAGCCUAACUUCAGGGUCCACACAGAAAAAGCUUCCCAAUGUUUUUGUACGUUGUUAAAAUGAAAAUUUAGUGCCAAGUUUAUUUUAUGUGUUCUAAUCAUAUGGUUGUGUUCACGUGGCAGAGCGUGACAGCCAUCGCUAUGCGGUGAAAUUAUGACUUAAAGCUGCAGAAUCUCCUAAAUACUUUGCAGAUUUUUAGAGUGACAUUUCACUCUGAAUGAACGCUGUAGCCCCAUUUUCACCAAACACGUUUGGUAUGGUACCUUUGGAACCAAAAGUAACCCUUCAGACAUGGUAUCUAGACCCUAGGUCCAUUUAGCAUUUCCACCACAAACAGUAUUCUUAAAUGUGGGCAGGGUUGUUGUCACUCACUGCACUGUCCCGCACUCGCUGUAUUUCCUCUUCACCAGUGACACAGAUGGAAGUCUGCACCUCAUUUAUCAUCCGUAGAAUGGGAUUGCACGCCAACAUUUUGUGAACAACAUUUUAUGCAUUGAGUGCUUCUCAGGCAAGUGCAGGGGUUUAGUGUUGCCAUAGCCCACAGGAACAAUGCUCCAUGAUGCUUUUUUUUCUCCAGGUGAGGAUUAGAAUAUACGCAGUCAACAUAAUCCGGUCAAAAUUAAUAUACAUAUUUUUAAACGCUUGAAGAUCCACUCAUUACUAAAAGUGUAUGUCAUCCAAGAGAGACAAUAAAAACUAAUGGAGAAUUGAGUAACGUUACAAGUAAACGUUCCACCUUAAAAGUUGCAGGCAGUUGGCCCAGUAAAUUAAGUAAAUUUUUUUUCUCAGUCUCCAGCUGCUGCUAGAGGCAGCAAAACAUCCUUUCAUUUUAUAGUUCUGCUUUACUAAUGUAUGUAAAACACGCUACAGUAUGAACAGUGGUUACAUGAGCUUCAAAACCUACUACUACUCAGCCCUGAGCAAGAGUGACUGUCCUCUAUUGACCAAUCAAUGGGCUACAAAGUUUCUAUUUCCACCUUAUAGUACCAGAUCAGUGUGCUAGGUAUCCCAACAGAGGGGUGACCAAAAAUGGGGACGGUAAGAAACUGUUCCAUUGUUACCAUCCACAACUUUUCACAGUGGAAACAGGAAAAAUGCAUACUAAACUGAAAUGAACUGAACCCUGUGGGACUACUUGGUGAAAACGGAGCUUAUGACUCUUGAUAUUAGGAGUAAAUGCUGAGAUACUGUUAAAUUUGUGGCUUUGCUCACAAUUUGGCCAAACUGAGAAAAACUUCUGUUUUAAGCAUUCAGUCCUGGCUUUUUUUGUAUUCAUUCAAUCCUAAUCCACUCUGUUUUGACCCUUUAUUCCUUUGCUCAGCUCCUGUAAUCUCUAUUGAUGCCUUUGUCCAUAUCACAAAACCAACCUCACUUGAUCCUACUGUUAUCAUAUGACUGCUCUUAUUUAACUGUGAUUCUGAACUGGGGGUUGCCAAACCAGAAAACCCUGUUCUGGCCCUUUGAGGAAACGCCACCCUCGCUGCGUGACAGUUUAUAAGCUCUUUGUUCUCUGAAAUUCUCUUGAAAAUCAUUGUGCUGCCGACUUACAUGGCCUAGAAAACUACUCUGUCUGUGUGUUAUAUCUUGGCUCAAUGGUGCAAAAGUGAUGUGAAGCACUGCUCUUUCGUCUUUACAGUAGCAGUUACUGUAAAACAAUUCUCUGUUGGUUAUAGCAGCAAGAAAAGCUAAUAGAUUAAACAGCUGGAAAGGCAGCUAACAUCUACUCAAUCAUCUAUUAGCAUACUCAAUAUAAUGUGUAAUGAACAUAAAGGACAAAGAUAACAUGUACAGCUUGUAGCCUUUAUAUACAUGGGUUUUUUUUAUCAAUGAGGAUUUUCUAUCAGUGCAUUAAGCUAUUCAGUCGUGUUUCUGGAGAGGUUUUUGGUCUGUUAUGUGAGUUUGAUUGUAGCGUGAUCAAUCUGUGGAAUGUCAGACUGAUUAUGGUUUGGGAUUUGGAGUCCCACUCUACCCAUUCACAAACCAUUAAGCUGAGUCUGCUGGUCUCAAGUGCACUUGUGUUAGUGGAAAGUGAGAAACAGUUAUUGUGCUCUUACGGCAGUUCCAUAACAUGUAUUGGAACCGUAAAAUGCCAAAAAAAAAAAAAAAAAAAAGGAUUUUGUAAGGAAGGUUAAACUGCACCAUGCAGUGCAGUCACUAUUAUCAUUUGUUUGUGCUCUAAAUACAUUGGUGCUUGUUAACCUACCAGUGCUUCACAUAAAGAGACAGUAUAACUAACAGCUUCACAUAACUGGAUUGUCUCUGUUGAACCAGCAGACAUUCACUACUACAAACUGUAGGCUACCGGCAAUCUUAAUUUAGCUCGAGCAACGUUGGUGCUUUUGGAUAAACUCAAAAGUAGAGCACUUCUGCAUGUAGCAGUUCACAGUCAUUUACACAGCAAUCCUCCUCAUAUCCCUGUCUCGUAGCAUUAUGGAUACAUUAGGUUUCACUUCUGUAGAACCAACCAUGCUUAGUAAUGUAGAAACCCAUUCAAAGCAGACAGACGGGCAGACGUGUUUAUCUGUCUGAACCAGCGCUGUCUUUGUGUCUGAGCCUCCCCAGGCUGCUUCUACUGACCUACAUCCAGACCUGUAUUCCCUAAUCAUCAUCCAAUUCUCUUUCUCUUUCUCUUUCUCUCUCUCUCUCUCUCUCUCUCUCUCUCUCUCUCUCUCCCUCUCUCUCUCUCUCUCUCUCUCUCUCCUGCCUGUGUAUCUGGUUGAACACAGGCUGUAUUUGUUUUGAGUUUUUUUUUUUGAAUACCAGAUAUGCUAUUUUCCUAUUUGCAAAAAUA